AUGUCAGUUAAAACUCAACCUCCAACUAUAUUAUGGGCUCAACGUUCAAGUAAAACAGAAGCUUCAAAAAAUGUAAUAUAUUUAACAAUUGAAAUAUCAGAUCCAAAAGAUUUAAACAUAGAUUUAAAACCAACUACAUUAAAAGUAACAGCAGAUUCUUCAGAUAAUAAAAUUCAUUAUGAUUUAAAUUUAGAAUUUUAUAAAGAAAUAAAUGUUGAAGAUUCAAAAAUUAAUACAGAAAAUGGUCAAAAAAUAUUUAUAAUUUUACAAAAAAAGGAAUUAGAAGAAGAAUAUUGGCCAAGAUUAACAAAAGAUAAAAUUAAAUAUCAUUUUAUAAAAACUGAUUUUGAUAAAUGGGUAGAUGAAGAUGAACAAAAUGAAGUUAAUGAUGAUCAAGAUGAUAUGAUGGCUGGAAUGCAAGGUUUGGGAGGAGGAGCAGGUGGAAUGCCAGGAAUGCCAGGAAUGCCAGGAAUGGGAGGAGCUGGUGGACCAGGAGGAAUGGAUUUUUCACAAUUAUUAAGUCAAAUGGGUGGUGGAGCUGGUGGUCCAGGUGGUCAACCAGAUUUAAGUGCUUUGGCUAGUCAAUUAGGAGCUGCUGGUGGUGCAGGUGGACCAGGUGGUCUUGAUUUUAGCUCAUUAGGUGGAUUAGGAGGAGCUGGUGAUGUUGGAGAAGAAGGUGAAGACGGGGAAGGUGAUGGUGAAGGCGAAGGUGAAGGUGAACAAAAAGUAGAAGAAAUUACUGUUCCAGAAACUCAAGAGACUAAAUAA